AUGCGUGGGCUCCCGCCACUGCCCAAUAUGGCGGCCCCCAGGCCUCGCGAUUUCAGCGCAAACCCGGAUUCGCGUGAGUCUAUCGCGGCGGCCGCCAUGGAGGCCACUCCCGGGGAAAGGAACCUGCAGGCUGGCUUGGAGCCCAGCGGUCCCCCAGCUCUGUACGUGCUGUGCGGCUGGGCUGUGAGCGCCCAUAUGGGUGUCCUGGAGAGCGGGGUGUGGGCUCUUCCAGGUCCCAUACUUCAAGGCAUCUUACCACUGCUCAACAUCUAUUACCUGGAGAGAGCUGAGCAUGCAGCCCAAGAAAAAGGCCUCUCAACACAGUCCAUCUGGCAUCAACUCUGGGAUGAUGUGAUGAGGACAAGACCACCCCAUUCUGAGAGCGUGCCCUGCUGGAGGACCAAGUUCCUGGAGACCUUCUUCUGUCAUGUGCUCCGAGGGACCCUGGACCCGGCAUCCGACUGGCGCCUCCAGGACAGCCGCUUCUCAGCCCUCCUCCACAGCUCACCCUACGUCACCCAGCUCACUGUCUGCAAUGCGCUGCAGGGGGUGCGAGAGCUGGUGGCCGAGGCCCAGCAUGGGGCCCUGGAGACCCUGGCCCACUCCCUGCACACACUCAAGUUCCGGCAUCUGCUCUUCUCUGAUGGGACUGCCCACCGGGCACUUCGGAAGCUACUGCACCGGCUCAUUCACCACGGGGCUAUCCGGCAGGUGUCCAUGUACUCCUGGCCUGUGCCCGAGACCACACUGUUCAUCCUCAUCCUCACUAUGAGUGCGGGGCUUUGGCAGCCAGCUCCCUGCGAUGGACCUUGCAGUUUGUGUGGGGAGGACACCCCGGGACGAGCCCCAGUCCGCCAUGAGCCUGUCUCCCUCCUGAGGCCUGGCCAGCCAUGCCGGAACUCUGCCGAGCGGUCAGCUGCCGCCCUGAUGGCCACUCGAUGGGAGAAUGAGGCCAGGGAGGCUCAGCAACAGGCCAUGCUUGCGCAGGAGAGCCGGACACUGGGUGAAGCAAACCCCGAGAGUCCCCUCGGUUCAUCAUCAGCCCCUCGGACUCUAGCCAGCUCAACCCUACAGCCCCAGGAAGCUCCCAGGAGGAAAAGUCCCUGUACCCAUCCCUGGCAGGGGCCUGGGACAGAGCCAGAUGACCUCUAUGACUUUAUCUUCCUCAUUGCCAGUGAAAAGGAAGAGGAGGAGGAGGAGGAGGAGGAAGAGGAGCAGGAGGAGGAGAAGGAGGAGGAAGAAGAGGAGGAAGAGGAAGAGAAGAGACAGGGCCAUCUGUCCUCUGGGAUGUGGAAGCCUGGCUGCUGGGACCUUGCUUCUCUUGAUGCUGCCCAGCGCUUCCGCAGUAUCUCCACCUUGGACUUGUUCACCAUUCCGCUGUCCACAGAGUCGACUCUUGUUCUGUGCCACCUACUGAGCUCCUGGGUGUCCCUGGAGAAGCUCACCCUCUCCUAUAAUGCCUUCUUCUUUUCCAGACUCGGUGGCAAUAAGGACUUCUGGGUAGUAGCUGCCGUGGCACGUUGCCUGUUGGCUCCACCCACCAGCACCCCACUAGAAUGCCUCGGCUCCAAUAUCUUCCACCUGCUGGAAGGUUUGCAGGUCCUGUCGGCCCAGGCUGGCUGCAGCCUACGCUCCCUUCACUUCACUGACCUCUUCUCCCCUCUGUCUGUGCUGGAGCUGGCCCACAGCACCCUCAAGGUCUUGCCCAGGUUGCAUACCCUUGCCAUCCGGAUUGACCACCUGAGCCCCGACGACAGCCCCAGGCCCCCUGGGAAGCCCAGUCCUGGAACAGAGAAUGAGGAGAUUCCAGGGAACCCAUCUAGUGUUAAGUACUGGACAUCGCUGGAAAAACCUUGGCAGGCUACUGAGGUCCUCACGGAAGGAGGGACCCUUGACGGUGUAACGGGUAAAUUUAGGGUUGAGACUGAAUGUAAAAAUUAUUGGUCACCAGGGAUUUAAUUUCUUAAAUCCCAAAUGAAGCACUCAAGUCAGAAUGGAAUUUUUUUUGUGAUUUAAUUACAAUAGGAGGAAGAAAUUAAGAGAGAGAGAAGAAAAAGAGUUAAUUUAAACUGCUCCGGCUCAGGUUGAGCCAGGCAGGAGUUCAAGGCCUUGGCCAAGGGGGCCUCCCCUGAGAACCAAGGGAAAGGGGAGUCAGUCUUAUCACUCACCACGUGACCGUCUCAAGGAAGCUGUCUGAGGGAGCUCCUCCAGGCUCCAGAAGCCACAGCCUGAGUUUCAGGAUCGAACUGCUACCCAGGCCUCCCCACAGGAAGUGACGAGAACUCCAAAGGCAGUUCUCUACAUCACUUCCUGCAUCUCACAUGUGCCAAUGGUGGCUCAAGCUUGGCUUAGGACAGUCCAGGGGACAGUCAGUUGUUUCUGAUUUGUCACUUGAUAGCACAUGCCAUUGUCAUGUGGGUGUGUACAUUCCUGGGUGCUAGACUAAGCAAGAUGGAGAAAAUCUAAAAAUCACAACAGAAGGAAUCAGAGGCUCCCAGAACCCCUGAUCUCCCUCUCAAAGCUGCUUAGAUUCGAUGAUCAUUCUUCAGUCUGGCCUGCUUGGGUCUAAGCUUCAGGACCAGCCCGGGGAGGCCCUGUCCAGUGGCUCCAGGGUUUAAGGACAUCCCGGGCCCCAGGCCUACUGCCCUGGGGGCAGAGGCUGGUGGCUGCAGCCUUCCACCCUUCCCUGCAGAGACCUGCCUGGAGCAGCUGGAACUGGGCUUUCCCCGCAAGCCACAGGCCAGCAAGUGCCUGUGCCAAGUCCUGGAGGCAUCUCCUGCCUUGCAACAACUGGCCCUGGAUAACGCCACCUUCACUUCUCCUCAGGAGCUAGGG